UGCAAUGCAACGCUCGUUUCCAUGACGACAACGGCUAAUUUCUCCGGCAGCCAUCGUCUGGUGUAGUCUGCUCCAAGUGCCCAGAUCACCCUCCCGGUCACGGCUGCUCUGUAAACAUGCUCGGCACUUCACAACGUGACCCACUGGGCGGCGGUAGGGCUCCACAGUGUGGCGGCCGUGCUGCUCCCAUCCGCUGAACGCCGCUCGGCAGACUGUCUCUCUCACGGAAGCGACCAGCCUCCCAGGCGUCUUCUUAAUUUGAAGGGCACGGGCAAGCCGACAGUGUUCAUCGACGCCCGCGUCGCAGCCUGUAUCUUUAACGCCAGCGGCAGGAGAAGGCAUCAGGCUUACAUUUGCUUCUGAGAUGUAGCCUAGAAUAGGAUAUCUAUCGGCUUCACUGACCCCCCUGAUGCCCAACUGCUCCCCCUGACAUCGCCGGUGUGCAAGGUGCUGAGAUGCCGAUGGUGUCGCUCGGGAAGUGGCUGGGAAGUUCACUGCUUUAAGGCUCAGUCAGUUAACAUCUUCCUCCUGGAGUGGCUCUCUAUCCGGAGUCCUCGACCUCUUCAUCUGCAGGAAAGGUUGCGUCAACACACAACAACGAGCAGCGCAUCCGGAAACAGUCGGAUAACAUAUCUACAAAACGUAAACACUACAACAGAAAUUUUUGGAAAUGGAUCUAGGUAACCAGAACCAAAGCCAGACGCAAGCAGACAACUCAUGUGGAGCAGCAGAGGUUCCAGCACACGUCCCAGCAGCAGGUGUCGGUGCCCCAGCCACCAACCUCACCCCUACCCAGCCUGCAGGUCCCGUCAGACCCCGGCGGCCCCAGAGAAGCCCUAGGGUAGAGAGCUCUGUAGACAUCUGUGAACCCAAAGCUGAACCUGCACCGCUGACCAACCAGGACCAGUCAAGCCCUGAUGGGGCUUUGGUUAGUCAUCCCAAGCCCACACGACCCACAGCAGCCAUACCCUCAGCAGAGCCCACUGUGGCCAACGUGAAGGCAGGUCCUAAAGGUCCAGGCCACCAGCCCAUCAGGGCCGCCUCAGUUCCCCAUCCACCUGCUGCCAGGCCUAUGCCUCCUCACCUCAACCCUCAUGCCCAGAGGGCCUUCUCUGUAGCGGGCACUGCAGACACACAGCCCCAGACUGUCGAGGACUUCAGGGUGCACAUAAUCACAUGGAACGUGGGCUCUGCCAUGCCACCUGAUGACAUGACUUUCUUGCUGGGGCUGAAUAUGGGUGACGGAAACACAGACAUGUACAUCAUUGGGCUACAGGAAGUGAACUCUAUGAUUAACAAAAGGCUGAAAGAUGUCCUCUUCACAGACCAGUGGAGUGAGGUCUGCAUGGAGAGACUCAGCCCCUUUGGUUAUGUGCUGGUGACAUCACAGCGGAUGCAAGGGUUGCUGCUGCUGGUCUUUGCUAAGUACUACCACCUGCCCUUCCUCCGUGGAGUCCAGACUGAGACCACCCGCACUGGCCUGGGGGGUUACUGGGGCAAUAAAGGUGGGGUGAGUGCCCGCAUGUCUGUGUUUGGUCACACCAUCUGCUUCCUCAACUGCCACCUGCCUGCUCACAUGGAGAACUCAGAUCAGCGCAUGGAGGACUUUGAGAGCAUCCUGCAACAGCAGCAGUUCGAGGGCCAGUCUGCCACAGGGGUGCUUGACCAUGAUGUUGUGUUCUGGUUUGGAGAUCUUAAUUUCCGUAUUGAUGACCUCGAAAUGCAAGUGGUAAAAUCAGCUAUUGAUAACAACAAGUUUUCCAUGCUGUGGGAAAAGGACCAGUUGAACAUGGCCAAAGACAGUGAGACAGUGUUGGAAGGAUUCCUAGAGGGGCCACUUAAAUUCGCUCCCACAUACAAGUUUGAUGUUGGGACAAACACAUACGACACAAGUGGGAAGAAGCGUAAGCCAGCAUGGACUGACCGGAUCUUGUGGCGCCUGAGGGCCACCGCACCCGCUGGCCCAUCUCCCAGUGCAGGGAAGCGUGGCUCCAUUUCAGGGUUGACCAGCGGGACAAAAGUGACACAGCACUGCUACCGAAGUCACAUGGAAUACACUGUCAGUGACCACAAACCAGUCUCCUCCAUCUUUACACUACAGUUCCAGUAUAAGGUGGAUAUCCCCUUGGUCACACUCAUAGUGGAAGAUGAAUGGAAUAGUGUUGCUGAUGCCAUAGCCAAAUUCAAAGUUGCGCCCAACUAUUCUCGCAGCUCCUGGGACUGGAUUGGGCUGUACAAGGUGGGUUUCAAACAUCACAAAGACUAUGUGGGAUAUGUCUGGGCCAAGCAAGAGGAAGCUGAUUUCCAUCGACAAGAACAUCAGGUAACCUUUACCGAGGAGGAAUUGCCCAAAGGCUCAGGGGACUUUAUCUUGGGUUACUAUAGCAACAACAUGAGCACAAUCGUGGGUGUAACAGAGCCAUUUCAGAUUCAGCUUCCCUCCUCAGGCCUCGAUGCCAGUGCUUCAGACAGCUCUGACUUCAGCUCAGAGGAUGACAGCACUGUUGUGCUUAUGAAGACCAGGUCCCGCAGCCCCAGUCCAGGGAAGGGGAAGCACCGCAGCCACCGCAGCCGCAGCACUAGUCACAGCCGCAGCCGCAGCCGUAGCCGCUGUGGCAGCCCUGUGCAGACCAAAAUGAAAGGGCUCAACCUCAGCGAAGGGUCCCCCUCUGUCCCCAGCACUGCGGCUGAAAGCAGCUCCACAAAAAGCCCAGCAGAGGGCAGCUGCAGUCAGGCAUCUCCUCCAGGGGAAAAAGCAGCAGCACAGACUGGGGAUUCAGCGUUGUGAUGCAGACCCAAGACCCCGUAGCCAGUGUUGUGUGUUUUAUUUGAUACAUUCACUGCACUUCCUGUAAUGUAAAUGUUUGAUUUCUGAUGCCAUAUUUUCAGGACUAGAGUUAGCUACCUGGUUUAUUAAAAGAGGCUUAAUUUGCCUUGAGUUAUUUUUUUCUUAAGCUGUACACAUUGUGUUUUUUUAAUUUGUAUACCUCUCCCUCUGUUGUUUUCUAUCUCUGUUCCUUCUCAGGCGUACCUAGUACAGGGAGCACACCUUGCAUAGGAAAAUACUUAGAGCAAGGAUCAAAGGUCAUACAGAGAUACUAGUCAAAGCAAAAUGGUUACUUAUACUUUUUAAAAGCCAUUUUCCACACAUUUCAACAACAUUUGGAAAGUGCAGUAUGUAAAGGAGCACGUGAGCAGCAGAUGAAGCAUUUGUAACAACGAAGAGCCUGCCUUUGACAGGGCACAUUCCUCACAAACAGGACUAAUUCCUGUUUGCUCCCCUCGGGGAAACAUACAUUUCUGACACGUAUGAAGGUACACGUGUGCUAGUUAAUGGGCCUUUUCUGAUUCAAGUUUUUACUCCUUGAAAACCUUUAUUCAUAAAACACAAAUCACAUGGUUGCAGUUAUCUUUCUAAUGCUUUGGUAGAUGUUUGACUUUUUGUUUGAUGUUUUCAAAAUAGGAGGAAGUGAGCGACUCUGGCUGACUGACUAUCAGUCUAGGUAUGUUUGACAUAGGUGCAAAAACUACUAUGUAGAAUUUUGCUUUAUACUUUGGUUAGUGUGAUUCAAAGCUACAAUGUUUUGCUAUGGUGAAUUAUUGCUUGGAUGUUUUAUUUUUGUGUGUGACAUUUGCUAUAGUACAUUAAUUUGCUCAUUAUUUAGACUUUUUUUUUUUAAUUUCACCUUUCCUCUGUUUCUCUCUAUUGUCUCUUCUACUCCAGAUCCUCCUUUGUACUGUAGGUCCCAGUUAGCUGACAGUGUGCUGUCACUAGUAGUGAUGUGUUGGAUUGUUACCUUGUGACCUCCAAGACACCAUCUUAGAGACUUUGUACCUUAGACCUGUUAGCGUAGAACAGUGUACACUGUUGUACUGUGACCAUAUUGUGUAUGUAUGUUAUCAUGAUUGUAUGUCUGUAUAUAUGUGCUUUUAAGGAAGGGAUUAGAUGUAUGGUCGAGUGGAAGUGUGUGUGUGUAGCUAGACGUGGCUGUGAAAAUGAGGUGUGAGUGUGUUUGCAUGGUUUGCUGCUGGACAUACUGUACAUUCCGGUACUGUGACUUUGUGCCGUAAAGUGCUGUUUUUGACUCCUCUUUGUUAUAUUUGUGGCUGUGAAAAUGUUAGGUGGUAAGGACAGUUUAAAAAAAAAAAAUAAGACAAUUUAACCUCGAGCUAAA